AAGCAUGGAGAUAUUCGUCUGGUGGGAGGAUCCUAUAGCUGGGAGGGCAGAGUGGAGAUAUACCUCAAUGGAGUAUGGGGUACCAUCACUGGCAAUGGCGCCAAGGAAGUUGAUGCUCAUGUAGUUUGCAGACAACUUGGUUAUGAUACACACUAUGGUUUUGACAGAAGCUACCCUCUGGCUUAUUUUGGAGAAGGUGUUGGAACAAUACAUCUUAACUACUUGGGAUGCUCUGGCACUGAAUACCGACUGAUUGAAUGUUACAGUGUCUCUAGUUCACGGAGUCACUAUGCAGAUUGGAGUGUUACAUGUCUUAAUGAUAUUCCUGAACAAGGAGAAGUGAAGCUCUUCUACAACAGUUAUAAUAACUACUACAGGGGUCUGCUCCAGGUAUGGGUGAAUGGGAGAUGGGGAGUGGUGUCUGAUACAGCGUGGACAAUUGAAGACACAAAUAUUGUGUGUCGCCAGCUUGGAAGGAAUGGUACAAGUCCAACCGAUUCUGAUUACACUACCCACUUAGCUACCUGUUGUCAUGAGUAA